UGCGAAGGUGAAGGUGCUAGCUGACGUUGAAAUGGAAUUCGCAGAAUAAAUCGGUACCAUAUUCCCACUCUGCCGUUCGUCUCUUCGCACGUAUAUAAAGUCAAGUCACACGCGUGUAUCUUGUACAAUUACAUCAGGUCGUGAAUAAUACGUGUUAGUCAUGAAACUCACGGUGUUUUGCCUGCUCGCUGUCAUUUCUGUCGUCUACGUAUACGCAGAGGAAAAAUACACUAGUAAAUAUGACAACAUAGAUAUAGACCAAAUUCUCCAAAACGACCGAUUGCUAAAACGAUAUGUCGAUUGUUUCCUGGAAAAGCCCAACGUUAGGUGCCCUGCUGAAGCUUUAGAGGCGAAAGCUCAUAUACAAGAAGCGCUUGACGAUGAAUGUGCAAAAUGCUCGGAUCACCAAAAAGAGAUGUCAAAGAAGGUGAUAAGACACCUAAUAACAAACAAGCGAGAUAUGUGGAACGAACUGAAGGCGAAAUACGAUCCGGACGGGAAAUACGCCAAGAAGUAUGAGGAUGAAGCCAAGAAAGAAGGCGUCGAGAUCACUCUCGUUGUAGAGAUACAGCACACGCCUUUUUUCACGUUUCCUGUAGAAGAACGAGCAGAUUACUCGCCGCAGCCGCUGGGUGUACGCCGCGGUGAACAGCAGCAUCCAAAUGAUUAUGUACAUCGAGUAGAUCUUGAGAAUGAUAUAAUUCGGAGCAACGCAUCAAUCUUGUCCGUUACGAUGAGACACCUAGUUGUCACUCUUAUCACCGUCUACAUCCUUUCGUUCUCUUGCGUUUUCGCCCAGGAAGGAACGUAUACCACAAAAUUCGACAAUGUAGACGUGGACGCAAUAAUAAGCAACGACAGGCUGUUAAACGGAUACGUGGGUUGCCUGCUCGAUCGGAAUCCCUGCACCCCGGACGCGGCUGAACUGAAAAAAAAUCUGCCAGAUGCGUUGGAGCACGACUGCGCCGGAUGUAGCGAGACGCAGAAGAACGCGGCCGAUAAGAUAUCUCAUCAUCUAAUCGACAAUAAACCGGACGAUUGGAAAUUGUUGGAGGACAAAUACGAUCCUACCGGGACAUAUCGACGGCGUUACUUGGAGUCUAGGUCCAAAGAAGGAGGCAGCGUCGAUUAAGAUUGUUUUUCGUAAGGACCGUAAUGCCGA